AUGCGAUCAAAGUAUCAGAAAGAGUUCAUGAAGAAGCAUGGAAUCAAGUUGGGUCUCAUGUCACCGUUUGUCCGAGCAGCUGCUUAUGCACUCACAGAGAAUCCUAAUUCGUCAAUGCGGGGAUUAGUGGUUCCAGUGCUUCGUAACGUAGAAACAAUGAAUUAUGCUCAAAUAGAAGUGGAACUUGCAUCACUUGGAGAGAAGGCUCGUGACAACAAGCUUGCUGUGGAAGACAUGGAAGGUGGAACCUUCACUAUUUCUAACGGUGGCGUUUUCGGUUCCGUAUUCGGUACACCCAUUAUAAACCCUCCCCAAAGCGCAAUACUGGGAAUGCACGGCAUAUUCGACAGGCCUGUUGCAAUCAAUGGCAAAGGGGAGAUUCCGAGAACACCUCCUCCGGUCUCGCGCCCGCCGUCUGCCCCCAUAUCCUCGGUACCUGUUGCAAGCAUCCCCGUUCAACGUGUUACUGUACCUGCUGGUGCCUCUAAAGAUAUGGCAAUCACAGGUGCCAGGGAAGAGGUAGGAGACCAUCUAUUUGUUCGUGUGAAAAUGAAUCGAAUGAGGCUACGCAUUGCCAGCCGUCUGAAGGAUGCUCAAAAUACAUACGCAAUGUUGACAACUUUCACAACGAAAUAUCGGAUAUGA